UCACGAAGUCAUCUUCCCGAAGAAGAGUUAGAAGAUGGUCUUCUACAAGAAGGCCCUAAUAUCGUUGACUAUAAAUUAAUGAUUAACGAAGUAUGUAUUCGCAAAUUGUCAAGAUAUGUCGAAGAGAUUCAUAAGCAAGACUUAAUGCGCUACAACAUUAUAGACACAACUAAAUCAUCUGUUACAGAUGCACGAAAACUCCUCAAAGAUUAUUGGGAAGGUAUCACCAGUACUAUAGAGAAGUUUUUGACGUCUAGGCCAGAUGCAACGCUGUUAGAUUUAGAUACUGGCUCAGCGUCAUCAAACGUGGAACAAGAUGGGCGGGCAGAAGAUAUUAGGCAAUAUUUAAUGAAAAUAUCUAAUAAUGUAAACACCGCGAAAAAAUUAUGUGAUGCGAUAAUGACAGGGAUUUAUGCUAACAUUGAAUCAUUUAAUUUUCGUGUUAUGAUAGUCGAGAACAGUUCCCAGAUGGCAGAAAUUGCUUUAACGAAGGUCAAACCGAAUAUGACUAUAUUAUUAGGUUUGUCUCUCGCGUCUAUAUCUUGUUAUUCAGAGAUAGGACACAAUUUAAAUGUAAUUGGUAGGGGUGAAAAGACCUUGCGUUGUUCUGCCAUUUUACUUAACCAAUCACUAAAAGAUGAUAAUCGACGGUGUUCUGGAAACAAAAUCGAUGCGAUCAUGUCAAUUUUGGAUCUUGGUUUAGAGUUCUCAACCUUAGAAGUCUCGGGAUCACCAUCAAGUCUUGAUCAUACUCACUAUGUUGGGGAUAGGAAUAAAACGGCAAAGAUGCUUAAAAUUAUCUUGAAUUAUAUAUUUAUCAAAUACCCAGGUAAUUUUGAAAAAUUUAGGAGGAUAAAAGUGUAUGGUGUACAAAUAUAUGAAGAUGUUCUCCUAUCCAACAAUUACAUUCUUGAUUUUCAAAGAGUUGCCAAUUUUCGCCUCAAACUUGUGGAUGUUGCGAUUACUUCUAGUUCUGAGAGUAUAUUGACUUAUAUCACAAGUGCUCCUUCGGAAAUUGGUAAUGAUAAUGCCAUGAUUGCAGACGUGGAAGUAUCACCCAAGAAAAGAACUAAUUAA